AUGACUGAGGUUCAGACUGGUCCAGACUGGGCCACUGGAAUCCAGUGCCCUGCUGUCCAGGCUCCUCUGAAUGGUGAUGUGACUGGGGGGAACUUUUUUGGUAGCACGGCAACCUACACCUGUGAUGUUGGGUACCUCCUGACUGGCCACAGUACCAGCACAUGCCUCAGCACAGGCACCUGGAGCAGUCAGGACCCUCAGUGCACAUUGAAGACCUGUCAACCACUGGCGUUUCCAAACCACGGCACAGUGACUGGUGGAAACAAUUACGGAAACGUCGCCACCUACACCUGCGAUGUCGGCUAUGACCUAAUAGGAAACCCCACCCAGACGUGUCAAGACAACCAGCAAUGGACUGGUUCCCCACCAACUUGUCAAAAGGUCCAGUGUGCCUCUCUGAGUGCGCCAACAAAUGCAGGCAUGACGGGAACGGGAAACGAGUAUGGGGACACCGUGCAUUUCAGCUGUUUGCCAGGAUACACUCAGACAGCAGGAGACACUGACCGAACUUGUCAAGCAGAUGGCAUGUGGAGUGGUCUUCAGCCUUCUUGUACAGUGAAUGAAUGUCCCCAGCUUGAUACACCUACUAAUGGUCAGUCUUAUGGCCAAAAUGCCUACAAUGGUGUGAUGAUCUUCUUUUGUAAUGAUGGAUAUGAACUGGUUGGUGGUGACGCUGUGCGACAGUGCAAUCCAGUUGACGGCACGUGGACUGGGAUUCAGCCAUCUUGUCAAAGAAAAGAGUGCCCCCCACUUUCAACACCCAGUAACGGUUUCAUGUCUGGCACAAACUUCUAUGGCGACCAGGUGACCUUCACUUGCCAUUCUGGGUACGAGAUCUCCGGAAGUGCGGUCUUAACCUGUCAGAUGAACCAACAGUGGAACGGAACCCAACCAACCUGUGAACGGAUCCAUUGUCCACCAUUGAGUCCCAUAGCCAAUGGACAGAUGAGUGGAGGUCAUCUGUUUGGUGACCAGGUCAUGUUUGUGUGCAACUCUGGCUAUGACCUCAGCGGAAGUCCUUCUCGGAAAUGUCAGGCAGAUGGAACAUGGUCCGGAGUACAGCCAGCUUGUGACCGCGUAGUAUGCCCAGACACGUCAGCCCCUGCCCACAGCUCAGUGACUGGAGGGCUGUAUCUCGGUGACACGGCAACAUACUCCUGUGACCCUGGGUAUGAACUGCAUGGAAGUGCCACCCAGAUAUUCAAUGGUUCCAACCUAUAUGGAGACACGGUAACCUUCACCUGCAAUGUUGGGUUUGACUUGGUGGGCGACCAGACAAGGAUCUGUCAGAGUGACCAGCAGUGGAGUGGAUCACAGCCAUAUUGUCAAAAACAAGACUGCGGCCAGCUGCCAGCCCCAAGCCAUGGCACGGUGUCAGGCGCGACUCACUAUGGCAACCAGGUGACCUUCACAUGUGAUCCUGGGUACGAGAUCUUUGGAAGUGUGACAUUGACCUGUCAGGAGAAUCAGCAGUGGAGCGGAGCUCCACCCACAUGUACAUUGUUUCACAAGUUGCUAGACGAGAGGAUUAUUUGUAUUCCGGGUUUGGCUGAUGUUAUGUAA